CCGCUGGAGAUGGCGUCGGGAACCCCCGCGCAGGCCAAGCAGCCGGCGGCGCGCGCCUCCAAGAAGCGCAAGGCCAGCAGCGACGCGCCCGCCGCCUUCCGCGCCUCGGCCGCCGCGCGCGACGCCGGAGCUUCCGCUGCGCGCUGCUCGCUCUGCGGCUUCGAGGCGUCCACGCUGGACCACUUGCUGACCCACGUGCGCGAAGCCCACGAUCGCGCGCGCGACCAGGCGGCGCCCCAGAUGGCGCUGCCCCUCGAGGUGGCGCACAUGGUGGUGCAGCACGCGCUGGACCAGGCGGCGCUGGGAGGCGCCACCAGCGCGUGGCUCGCAGCCAUGCAGCAGCAGUACCGCGCGGCGGCCGAGCUGACGGCGGCGCUCGAGCAUCGAGACGCGCACGGCGUGGCCGUCGCGGUCCGCAAGCUGCACGGGAUAACGCAGGUCGUCGACGAGAAGACGCUGCUCACCACGCUGCAGGAGGCCGCGCAGAUCUUGCUGCAGGCGCCCUCCUCCGCAGCAGACGCCGCGCCAGGAAAGGAUUCGAGUAUUCAUGAGGCGGAGGCAGCGCAGGCGCUUACAGGCCUGCGGGCUACUGCCUCGGGUGCGACUACUACGGCUACGAUUACGGCGCCAGUGAUCACGACGUCGUCUGCGCGGCCGCCUGCGGUGCCCAAGACGUCACCGACGGCUCCGCACCCUUCGUUCCCGUCCUUCGCAGUUGGAUCGCCGCUGACCAUCACAGCGCCUCCUCCGCAGCUCGGCAGCCCGCACUUCCACCCGCCGGAGCUCUUCACGCCGGGCACGGCGCGAUCCCCCAGCACUCCGUCCUCACUACCGAGCCUCUUUGCACGGAGGCUGUUGGCCCCGCUGGCAUCUCCAUCCAGCGUGACCGACCCAGGAGACCGUUUGACUCAAGGCGUGGCUGGGCUGGGAUACCAGAGCCCCAUGAUCAUCACGGAUCAACGCAACACAAUCGGCUCCACAAUUCGGCCCGACACAUCGCCUGGGUCGCACACGCCAGUCUUCUGCUCGUCGUUCCCGCCGCUGUCAUCCACCAGCGGCGUCAACUCUGGCGCCAACCGACCGACGACUGCUUCCCCUGUCAAGCGCAAAAGCAUCACGUCGAAGCAGCUCAGCGUGAGGUGCGACGCAGAGGUUGCAGCCGCUCGUGCUGCAGCUUCCACAGCAGCAGCGGCGGCGGCUGCAGACGCCUCUGGCAGCCUAGGACCGCUCGGACCGAUCUCGAUCCCUCCUGGCACGCCGAGCACGCCGGCGACUCGCAAAGCUACGCCUCGACGGUGGACCAAAGAGGAAGACGACGCCCUGCGCUCCGCUGUAGAGAGCCACCGCGAGAAGAACUGGAAGGCCAUCGCCGCUCAAGUGCCAGGUCGCAACCACACGCAGUGUCUGCAGCGGUGGACGAAGGUGCUGGCCCCAGGACUCGUCAAGGGCCACUGGUCUCCGCACGAGGACGAUCUGCUGCGCCGCCUCGUGGCCACGGAGCAGAAGAACUGGGGCGACGUGGCGUCCAAGAUCCCGGGCCGCACGUCGAAGCAGUGCCGGGAGCGGUGGCACAACCACUUGGACCCGCAGAUCGUGCGCGGCGCGUACACGCCCGAGGAGGACCGGCUCAUCCUGGAGGCGCAGGCGCGGCUGGGCAACCGCUGGUCGGUCAUCGCCGCGAUGCUGCCCGGGCGGACCGAGGACGCCGUCAAGAUCCGCUGGAAGUCGCACUGCCGCGUGUGGCGAGCGCGCAAGUACCUGCGCAAGAACCCCAACAGCGAUGUGGACAUGCUGAGCGAGCCUGCGCAGACGCCGAGGACGCCGCUGGUGCCUCCCUCCACGGGCGACUUCAAGUGGCCUGUGCCGGCCCCAGCCGCGUCGGACGAGCAGGAGUCGGAGACGAGCAAGUUGAGCGCCGAGGCGGAGUGA